UCUCCAUCCUUCCCGCCAAUGCACAGAGGAAAGAGACAGAGAGGUAUUCCCGGAAGAGGAACGAAGAGGGCAAUGGAGUUCACUCUCACCGGCAACUCCUUGAAGACCUUCGCCCGCUCGAUCACCGGCCUCGCACGCAUCGGGAACGAGCUCGUUGUUCAGGCUUCUCCCUCCGAGCUUGCCUUACAUACUCUUAACGCAUCACGAUCGGCUUAUCAGUUGAUUACAUUCAAGCCAGAUUUCUUCGAUGUAUACACAGUAACCGAUGGUCAAGUCAAAUGCAGUGUGCUUCUGAAGGAUGUUUGUUCGGUCCUUAGGACACCUAUUACAAACAUCGAUCAUUUGGAUGUGCAAUUGCCAGAUCCAGAUGCAUCAAGGCUGCAAUGGGUUCUGGAAUGUUAUAAUGGUAUAAGGAAAACAUAUCGGAUAAAUUGCAAUGUUGACCCGGACAUUCAGCAGCUAUCUCUUGAUAAGGAGAGAUACCCUAGCAAUUUUAUAGUGAGGCCUCGUGAUCUGAACAGAUUGCUGGCAAAUUUUCAAUCAUCCCUUCAGGAAAUCACUAUCAUUGCUACUGAGCGAAACUCAUUACCAUCAGAUGCUGCAAAUGAAAUUGGUGGAAAAGCUGUUGAGCUCAGAAGUUACCUUGAUCCAGCCAAAGAGAGCGACUCAUCAUUACAUACUCAGCUAUGGAUAGAUCCCCUUGAAGAGUUUGUCCAAUACACUCACAAUGGAGACCCCGUGGAUGUGACUUUUGGGGUCAAAGAGUUGAAGGCGUUCCUUUCAUUCUGUGAGGGUUGUGAAGUUGACAUUCACUUAUAUUUUGAGAAAGCUGGCGAGCCUAUUUUGAUGACGCCUAGAUGUGGUGUUGAUGAUGGGGCCACUGCAAAUUUUGACGCAACACUUGUACUGGCAACUAUGCUUUCUUCACAACUACAUGAAGGCAAUGCUUCAGAACCUCCAGCUGCCGCUGCCACCAUGCAGGGCCAAGCUGAACGUGGUAGUUCUGGAGCACAGCAGGACAGGAAUAAAGCAACUGGAUCCGAGAAUCCAUCUAAUCACACUAGAAUUUGGUCUGAACUCUCAGAUGGACAGGCAGUGCAGCUAGAAGUGGUAGAGGUUCUGAUGGAAGGCCGGUUCCAGAGAAAAGGAACUCAAAUAUUGGUGAAGAUAGGGAAAUUCAAAGGAUUAGCAACAUUCAAAUCUCACAUGCUGCACCUACCAGAGGAAUUGGGCAGACAGAUAUGGAUGAAGACAAUGGAAGGAUGUUUUCACAGAGGCAUCCUAGUAACUGGGUAGAUCCACGUGAGGAAGAUGAUGAUGAGGAUGAGAAUGAACUGUGUGUUCAGGCGACGCCACCAUAUUACGAUGAUCAGUAGAGUAAGACCACUCGAGUCGGAGCUUCUAGUUUGAGUUUGUGCGCGCGGUAAGAGCAUAUUCCUUCCAUGAGACCUACUUUGUUUGUUAGAUAAAUUAUAUUAUAUAUAUAUAUAGAGGUAGGUAGCUGUUCAUGCACUGGCUUAGAUGGAGGUGCGCGGGCCUAGUGGAGUCAAUUCCAUAUGGUACAUAGUGAUUCUGCAAGGCAGGCCCAACUAUUACUAAUUACUGGUUAUGGUCUCGAAAAUUACCGAAGAAGAUGGUCACUCUUGGUUAGAGGCCGACCUAGACUACACGGGGCAGUAACGACCAAGCUGACAUAGGAAGGAGGGAAUUAGUUUCACUCAAUUGUCACCACGUGAUUUCAUCAUAAAAAAAAAAUUGAAUACAUGUCGCUGAAUAAUUUGUUUUG